UCAUACAUUGAAGCCCUAAGCUGACGCUCCCCCACGUUCGCAUCCCCCACCUUCGGACGCCCUAAGCUAAGCUUCGUCGCAUUCGUCUCCGUUCCAUCGUCGGCGAUCGGCGGAGAAGGCGACUCCUAUUUCGACGAAGUUAGAAACUACCCAAAUCCCACAAUUUAGGUUAAAAUUACUGCUGCUUCAACAAAAUUUAGUUUAUAACCACUAUGAAUGCCCGUGGUCGGUGGAGAGGAAGGUCCAGUGUUGCUAGAAAUUCAGCAAAGCAAAAUCUCCAUCUGAACCAUGAGGAACUGCUUGAGCGCAAGUUGGGGUUUGAUCUCUAUACUGAAGGUGAUAAGAAGCUUGGUUGGUUACUCACAUUUUCACCAUCAUCAUGGGAGGAUCAAGAAACUAACAAGAUGUACAGCUGCGUGGAUCUUUACUUUGUUUCUCAAGAUGGAUCUACCUUUAAAGUGAAACAUAAAUUUCCACCUUAUUUCUAUGCUGCCACCAAGCAUAAGAUGGAGUUUGAAAUUGAGGCAUAUCUUAAGCGAAGAUAUGAAGGAGAAAUUGCUGAUAUUGUCAUAGUGGAGAAAGAGGAUUUGGAUUUAAAAAACCAUCUUUCUGGUUUGCGCAGGUCGUAUUUGAAGCUUAGCUUUGACACUGUCCAACAACUGAUGCGUGUAAAGAAUGAUCUUAUGCAUGUGGCUGAAAGGAAUAAGUCAAAAUUAGAGGCUUCAGAAGCAUUUGAAACCAUAUUUAUUGGUGAAAGUAAGGAAAGAUCACAAGAUCUGUUGGACUGCAUUAUUGACCUUCGUGAAUAUGACGUUCCAUAUCAUGUACGUUAUGCUAUUGACAAUGAUGUUAGAUGUGGUCAAUGGUAUGAUAUAUCUGUGUCAAGUGAUGGUAUUUUACUCGAGAAAAGGGCUGAUCUUCUUCAACGUGCAGAAGUUCAUGUAUGUGCAUUUGAUAUUGAAACUACAAAACUGCCUUUGAAAUUUCCUGACGCUGAGCAUGAUCUCAUAAUGAUGAUAUCCUACAUGAUAGACGGACAAGGUUUCUUGAUAAUCAACCGAGAGUGUGUUGGUGAGGAUAUUGAAGAUCUGGAGUAUACUCCAAAACCAGAAUUUGAAGGCUGCUUCAAAGUUAAAAAUGUGAAAAACGAGAAAGAACUUUUAAAAACAUGGUUUGCACAUAUGCAAGAGAUUAAGCCAAGCGUAUAUGUUACUUACAAUGGUGAUUUUUUUGAUUGGCCAUUCCUAGAGACAAGAGCCUCUCAUAAUGGUAUUAAGAUGAACGAGGAAAUUGGUUUCCAGUGUGACAACCAUCAAGGGGAAUGUCGUUCCAAAUUUUCGUGUCAUCUUGACUGUUUUGCUUGGGUCAAACGUGACAGUUACCUUCCUCAAGGAAGCCAAGGUCUUAAGGCUGUCACAAAGGCUAAAUUGGGUUACAAUCCGUUGGAAGUAAAUCCAGAGGACAUGGUUCGUUUCGCCGUGGAACAACCUCAGAUGAUGGCUUCAUAUUCUGUGUCUGAUGCUGUUGCAACAUAUUAUCUAUACAUGACAUAUGUUCAUCCAUUUAUAUUCUCUCUUGCAACUAUAAUUCCUAUGCCCCCAGAUGAAGUCCUUCGAAAAGGAAGUGGAACACUUUGUGAAAUGCUACUUAUGGUACAGGCUCACAAGGCAAAUGUUAUUUGUCCUAACAAACACCAGUCAGACUCUGAGAAAUUCUACAAGAACCGUCUUCUAGAAUGUGAGACAUAUAUUGGUGGCCAUGUUGAAUGUCUUGAAAGUGGUGUCUUUAGAUCAGAUAUUCCUAUCAAGUUUCAGUUUGAUCCAUCUGCCUAUGAGCUAUUAAUGAGAAAUCUGGAUCGUGAUCUGCAACAUGCAAUCACAGUAGAGGGGAAAAUGGACAUUGACUCAAUUGCGAAUUAUGAAGAUGUAAAAACUGCUAUAAUGGAAAAGCUUGUCUACUUACGGGAUCAUCCAACAUGCGAGCAAUGCCCUCUAAUUUAUCAUCUUGAUGUUGCUGCAAUGUAUCCAAAUAUUAUUUUAACAAAUAGACUUCAGCCUUCAUCCAUAGUUUCAGAUGUAGUCUGCACUGCAUGUGAUUUUAAUCGUCCAGGGAAAAAUUGCCUACGCAAGCUUGAAUGGGUUUGGCGUGGAGAGACCUACAUGGCCAAAAAGAGUGAUUAUUAUCAUAUGAAGAAACAAAUUGAGUCAGAGCUGGUUGAAAACAGUGAUGGUAUGUCAGUGCCCUUUCUUGAACUCCCGAAAUCAGAACAACAGUUGAGGCUGAAAGAACGCUUGAAGAAGUACUGUCAGAAGGCUUAUAAGAGGGUUCUGGACAAGCCGAUAACAGAAGUUAGAGAUGCAGGGAUAUGUAUGCGUGAAAAUUCAUUUUAUGUGGACACAGUUCGAAGUUUCCGAGACAGGAGGUAUGAGUACAAGGAUCUUAAUAAGUAUUGGAAGGGUAAAUUAGCAGAUUCAAAAGCUUGUGGAAAUCAGAUGAAGAUUCAGGAAGCACAGGAUAUGGUUGUUCUCUAUGAUUCCUUACAACUUGCUCAUAAAUGUAUACUCAAUUCUUUUUAUGGAUACGUGAUGCGCAAAGGCGCAAGAUGGUAUUCAAUGGAAAUGGCAGGAGUUGUUACCUAUACUGGAGCAAAGAUUAUACAAAAUGCUCGUUUACUUGUUGAAAAGAUUGGGAGGCCACUUGAACUAGAUACAGAUGGCAUUUGGUGUGCACUUCCUGGAUCUUUUCCAGAAAACUUUACAUUCAAAACCAAGGAUGGGAAAAAAAAGAUCACAAGAUCAUAUCCCUGUGUUAUGCUUAAUGCCGAUGUUGCAAGAAACAACACUAACGAUCAAUAUCAGACGCUUAAAGAUGCUAUUAGCAAAACUUAUACCACACACAGUGAAUGCUCCAUUGAAUUUGAAGUUGAUGGGCCAUAUAAGGCAAUGAUACUUCCUGCUUCAAAAGCAGAAGGGAUAUUGAUCAAGAAAAGAUAUGCAGUUUUUAAUCAUGAUGGCUCUCUUGCUGAACUUAAAGGCUUUGAGAUCAAACGCAGAGGUGAGCUGAAGCUUGUCAAGGUUUUCCAGGCAGAGGUUUUUGAUAAAUUUCUCCAUGGUUCAACCUUAGAAGAAUGUUAUGCAGCUGUUGCAUCUGUUGCAGACAGUUGGUUAGAUUUAUUAGAUAACCAAGGCAUUGAUAUUGCCGACAGUGAGCUUCUUGAUUACAUAUCAGAGUCAAGCACAAUGAGCAAGUCUUUGGUCAACUAUGGGGAGCAAAAAUCAUUGGCAGUAACUACUGCAAGAAGGCUUGCUGAUUUUCUGGGAGAUGAAAUGGUGAAAGACAAAGGACUUCAUUGCCAAUACAUAGUUGCCCGUGAACCACAGGCAAGCCAAUUGUACUAUCUAUUAAGUGAGCGUGCAAUACCUGUUGCAAUAUUUGAAACAGAACCAGAGAUUGCUAAAUUCUAUCUACGCAAAUGGUGUAAAAUAUCUUCUGACGUGAGCAUCCGGACAAUCGUUGAUUGGUCUUAUUACAAGCAACGUCUAAGUUCAAAUAUUCAAAAAAUUAUCACCAUUCCUGCUGCUAUGCAGAAGGUUCCUAACCCAGUACCUCGGGUGAUCCAUCCUGAUUGGUUGCACAAGAAAGUUUGUGAGAAAGAGGAUAGAUUUCGUCAACGCAAACUUGUUGAUAUCUUUAAUGCAGCAAGGAAAGAUGAGAUGGCUCAUGACAAAAUUUUUGAUGUGGAUAUAGAAGAAAUUUUGUCCAAAGAAGAUGAUAGAGCAGUCCCACCUCAGCCAGUAGUUCAUAGCUAUGAAAGUAACAAAAAGUAUUCAAGCCAAUCAUCUUCAUCUGGAGCAAAAUUUUCUAAUAUUGUGAAGCAAGAUCUCUUUAUUGAAAAUUGUUCAAGUGACAUUGUGAACAAGGCAACUAACUAUCAGGCUUGGCUUGAAAUGAAGAAAAGAAAAUGGAAAGCCACUCGUGAAGAAAAGAAAAGGCGCAGAUUAAACAAUUCAAACAUGUUGCAUGAACAUGUUGACACAGCUAACAAGCAGCCCGAGAAAAAUGGGGUUAACAAUCUGUUCAGAAAGCAUGGAUCAACUCUUUUUCGGUCACAUUGGCAGAUAGUUCAACUUGUUCCAGGACUACAACCUGGGCAUUUUUAUGCUUGGAUUGUUGUCAAUGGUAUUAUGCAUAAGAUUCCAUUAAAGAUCCCAAGAGUCUUUUAUCUAAACUCGAAGGCUCCUAUUACAGAAGAUUUUCCUGGAAGACGUGUUAAAAAGAUUCUUCCACAUGGCAAACCUAACUACAAUCUCAUUGAGGUUGUUAUCACUGAAGAACAAUUCAGGGCUGAAAGCAAGAAAUUUGCUGCUCUCCUGGCAGAUCCAGAAAUUGAGGGGAUAUAUGAAACAAAAGUGCCACUGGAGUUUCAUGCUAUUGUCCAGCUAGGUUGCGUAUGCAAAUUAGAUAAAGCUGUUAAACAUAAAAAUGCUGAUGAUGGAUGGAACCUUAAUGAGUUGCAUAUGAAGACUACAACAGAAUGCUCAUAUCUAGAACAAUCAAUUACCUACUUUUAUCUCUACCAUAGUUUGUCCGAUGGUAGGGCAAUCUACGUUAUAUAUUUCCCUAGAUCGACGAUAUCUGUUGUGGUUGUAAACCCUUUUCAGAACAAAGAACUAUCCUCAUCAAUUCUUGAGAAGCAAUUUCAUGAAGCUUGCCAAACAUUACGUAUCGAGCCUCCAACAAAGGGCACUAUUACAUUCAAGCUGGAGUAUGUUCGUUCAAUUGAAGCUGGAGUCAAGAUUUUGCAAAGUACAUUACUUGAAUACAGGCAUCAACAUCCCCAACCUGCUAUCGCUAUCAUAGAAUAUCCAGGCUUUCAAGCCACAAAAUCAGGGAUAAGAAUUCUGCAAGAGUUUCCUUGUGUUACAAUUCCUUGUAAUGCCAGUGACUGUAAUUAUCAGGCUCUUGGAUGGCAAGUCACAGCUGGCAAAAUUAGCAUGCAAAGAUGUGCGGCAUCAUCCCAAUGGUUCAUGGAAAGGGUUUUGCUUUCGAGAUAUGCACAUGUUCCAUUUGGAAACAUCGAGCUUGAUAAGCUUCUUUUUACUGCUGAUGUCUUCUUCUCUAGGGCAUUGCGUGACCAACAACAGGUACUGUGGAUAUCUGAUGAUGGCAUUCCAGAUUUUGGUGGUAUUUAUGAGGGAGAGACAUGCUUUGUUGACGAAGUCAACCAACCUGCUUAUAGCUAUCUCGGUGCAUAUAGAAAAGUGGCAGUUGAACUCAAGAUACACCACCUAGCUGUGAAUGCUAUCCACAAGAGUAGUCUACUUGAAGAAAUGGAUGGGGGAUCUUUAUUUGGUGAAUAUGGUUUGCAGCCUACAUCUUCUGCUAAUGAAACUGAUUAUGAUGAAGCCAGUGGAUGCGCUUCUGCAUUUCAAGUACUAAAGCAACUAAUUCAAAGAUGCAUGUCAGAUGCAGUGGCUUCUGGUAAUAUCUUUGCUGAUGCAAUUUUGCAGCGUCUUUACCAGUGGCUUUGCAGCCCCAUGUCAAAACUUCAUGACCCUGCACUUCACCGUGUGUUGGAUAUGGUCAUGAGAAAGGUAUUUGUUUUACUGCUUUAUGAGUUGCGAAAACUAGGAGCAAAUAUCAUCUUCGCGAGCUUCUCUAAGAUCAUAAUCGACACUGGCAAGUUUGAACUGUUGGCUGCAACAGCAUAUUGUGAUUCUCUGCUGAAAACUUUACAAACAAGAGACCUUUUUGAAUGGAUUGAGCUUGAGCCUCUGUAUUUUUGGCAUUCAUUGUUAUUUAAGGAUCAGUUUAAUUAUGGUGGAAUUCGGGCCAAAUUCCAAACGGAACCCCCAAUCACAAACACAGAGGGUGACUCUCAAGUAGAAAUUGUAGCAUGCUGGAACAUGGCAGAACACUUAACUAAGGACAUUCAGGCCCUCUUUCACUUGAGAGUCUCAGAAUUCUUGCAUGAUCCUUGGGUGUACUUACAAAAGCAAAUUUCUUCUCGAACUACUACAACUGAUGAUAGUACUUGUACACCCUCAAUCACAGUGACUGCUGCUGAAACUCUGGAAGACUGCAUCAAUGACCACAUUAGGAAACGGAUAAGCAAUUAUUUCACUGAGAAACUUCUUGAAGAUGUAUGCUCUAUAAACAAGAGGAUAAACAAAGACAAUAUGGAUCAGCCUCCAACUUAUGGUUUUUCAAGUUCAGUUGGAUAUCAAAGUCAUAAAGGAGAUGCUGCAUUGGAAUUCAUUAAACACAUUUCUGCUGUUCUUGCUCUUGAUCAAAAUGUUCAACAUGAUGUUUGGAGGAUGAGGAAGAAUUUACUAAGACUGGUUCAUGUAAAAGAAUUUGCUCCAGAAGCACAGUUUCAUGAUCCUUGUCCAUCUUUCAUACUUCCGAAUGUUAUUUGCAGCUACUGCAAUGAUUAUCGUGAUUUAGAUCUUGGUCGUGAUUCUGUGUUUUGGAAGGAUGAAUGGCGCUGUGCGGUGCCGCAAUGUGGACAGCCAUACAACCGUGAGCAGAUGGAAAAUCUCCUCCUCAAAAUAGUCAUGCAGAGAGAAAGGCUUUAUCACUUGCAGGAUCUUGUUUGCAUCAAGUGUAGACAAGUUAAGGCUGCUCGCUUGGCAGAGCUGUGUGAUUGUGGAGGUUCAUACCAGUGUUAUGAAAAUGCAUCUAUCUUCUUAAGCAAAAUGCAAGUUAUUCACAACAUUGCAGCACGUCAAAAUUUCCAACUGCUCCAUAACUGCACCACUUGGAUUCUACAACAAGAAUAAUUUCCCUUUUUUCCAGAUAAAUUUUAAUAGCUGGAUGAUGGUUUCCAGUGUAUUUUCUUAGGAUUAAUAACAAGGUAUGUAAAUACGCUACAAUUUUUUUCAGUGAACUAAUUUUAGUUCAGAUAUAUA